UCCGCGAGGCUGCGGGCCGGGCCGAGGCCGGCGCGGGGAGGGCGGAGCCGCCGCCAGCCGCCGGCCCCCGUGCGCCCGCGCCGCCCGCCCUCUCCGCGCGCUCCCACGAGAGGCCAAAGUUGGCGGCGGCGGCGGCGGCCCGCGCGCCGAGGGCUCCGGGGCUCCUCUCGCUUCCCGGUAUUGUUCGCAAACUUUGCUCCUCUCCUCCGCGGCCUCACCUCGGCGGACGCGGCGCGCGGAGAGCGGGGCCGGGGGCGCUCUGUGCGCACCGCUCGGGCUGAGCUGGGCGGGCAUGGGCGGGGGCCCGAGCGGGGACGAGGAGCCGGAGCCGGCAGCCCGAGCCCCGGAGCGGCGGCUCUGAGGGCGGCCGACCUCCCCGCGGGGACACCUCCGACGCCACCAUGCAGCGCCCGGGCCCCCGCCUGUGGCUGGUCCUUCAGGUGAUGGGCUCGUGCGCCGCCAUCAGCUCCAUGGACAUGGAGCGUCCGGGCGACGGCAAGUGCCAGCCCAUCGAGAUCCCGAUGUGCAAGGACAUUGGCUACAACAUGACCCGCAUGCCCAACCUGAUGGGCCACGAGAACCAGCGCGAGGCCGCCAUCCAGCUGCACGAGUUCGCGCCGCUGGUGGAGUACGGCUGCCACGGCCACCUCCGCUUCUUCCUGUGCUCGCUGUACGCGCCCAUGUGCACCGAGCAAGUCUCCACCCCCAUCCCCGCCUGCCGGGUCAUGUGCGAGCAGGCCCGGCUCAAGUGCUCCCCGAUCAUGGAGCAGUUCAACUUCAAGUGGCCCGACUCGCUGGACUGCAGCAAACUCCCCAACAAGAACGACCCCAACUACCUGUGCAUGGAGGCGCCCAACAACGGCUCGGACGAGCCCGCGCGGGGCUCGGGCAUGUUCCCGCCGCUCUUCCGGCCGCAGCGGCCGCACAGCGCGCAGGAGCACCCGCUGAAGGACGGGGGCCCCGGGCGCGCCGGCUGCGACAACCCGGGCAAGUUCCGCCACGUGGAGAAGAGCGCGUCGUGCGCGCCGCUCUGCACGCCGGGCGUGGACGUCUACUGGAGCCGCGACGACAAGCACUUCGCCGUGGUCUGGCUGGCCGUCUGGUCCGUGCUCUGCUUCUUCUCCAGCGCCUUCACCGUGCUCACCUUCCUCAUCGACCCGGCGCGCUUCAGGUACCCCGAGCGCCCCAUCAUCUUCCUCUCCAUGUGCUACUGCGUCUACUCGGUGGGCUACAUCAUCCGCCUCUUCGCGGGCGCCGAGAGCGUCGCCUGCGACCGGGACAGCGGGCAGCUCUACGUCAUCCAGGAGGGGCUUGAGAGCACGGGCUGCACCCUGGUCUUCCUGGUCCUCUACUACUUCGGCAUGGCCAGUUCCCUGUGGUGGGUGAUUCUCACGCUCACCUGGUUUCUGGCUGCGGGCAAGAAGUGGGGCCACGAGGCCAUCGAGGCCAACAGCAGCUACUUCCACCUGGCCGCCUGGGCCAUCCCGGCCGUGAAGACCAUCCUAAUCCUGGUGAUGCGCAGGGUCGCGGGGGACGAGCUGACCGGCGUCUGCUACGUGGGGAGCAUGGACAUCAACGCCCUCACCGGCUUCGUCCUCAUCCCGCUGGCCUGUUACCUCAUCAUCGGCACUUCCUUUAUCCUCUCGGGCUUCGUGGCCCUCUUCCACAUCCGGAGGGUGAUGAAAACGGGUGGGGAGAACACGGACAAACUGGAAAAGCUCAUGGUGAGGAUAGGGGUCUUCUCCGUGCUCUACACGGUGCCGGCCACCUGUGUGAUUGCCUGUUACUUUUACGAACGCCUCAACGUGGAGUAUUGGAAGAUCCUGGCCACGCAGCACAAGUGCAAAAUGAACAACCAGACUAAAAACCUGGACUGUCUGAUGGCCGCCUCCAUCCCCGCGGUGGAGAUCUUCAUGGUGAAGAUUUUCAUGCUGCUGGUGGUGGGCAUCACGAGCGGCAUGUGGGUCUGGACAUCCAAGACCCUGCAGUCCUGGCAGAACGUUUGCAGCCGCAGGUUCAAGAAAAAGAGCCGAAGAAAACCGGCCAGCGUGAUCACCAGCAGUGGAAUUUACAAAAAAGCCCAGCAUCCCCCAAAAACCCAUCUCGGGAAAUACGAAAUCCCUGCCCAGCCUCCCACCUGCGUGUGAAUGGCACUUGGAGGGAAGGCCGGAGCGGAAAACUUUCCCAGAGAGCAAUACGGUGGCAGUCAGAGCCAAAACGUGGUGCUUUUCUCCGUUGGUUGGUUGGUUGCUUGUUUUGUUUUGUUUUUUUCUUUUCUUUUUUUAAAUAAAAGUAAAAGGAAAAAAAAAGAGAACAUAAAAAGCUUUUACCCUGAAAUUCAGGAUGCUGUGAUAACACUGAAAGUCAAAAUGUACUUAAAGGCUUUUGUUUUGUUUUGUUUUUGUUUUCAGUGAAGGAGAACCCUCCCAGUUAAGUAGCCUCUUGUGUGACUAAUUUGUGGUAACAUAGUUGAUUCAGGCCCCCAGAAGAAAACUUUUGUUUAGGACCUUCCAUAAAUAUACAUAUGUGUGUUUGAGUUGGCUUUGCUAUCCAUUUACAAAUCAGAGAAGAGAUAACUUCUUUGCAAAUUAAAGAGCCUCUGCUGAGUUUCAAACAGAGAGAGAGAGAGAGAGCCGCUGUCCUGCAGGGGAGCUAUCCCAGGGCCACCCUCAGGAAGGCUGCGUGUAGACAGCAACUUCUGUGCAAACAGGAAGAAAGAGAAAGCCUGACAACUCAGCACCCUCCAGUGGAUUUGGAGUCACUUAAAAGAGACUCCAGCCUCCAGCCUCCACAAAUGGUCCUUCUCCGACAUAGAAACUUCCACCACACCUAAUAUUGGUCAAUGCCAACGAUGUGCAAUACAUUUUCUUUUCUCUUUACAUGAAAAUCAAAAGAGAAACAAGUAUUUUGCUGUACAUAAAGACAACAAAAGAAAUCUCCUAACAAAAGAACUAAGAGGCCCAGCCCUCAGAACCCCUUUAGUUUUACGGUUUGUGGCUUUUUAAUGGAAACCUAGCCAAAGCGAUACACGUUUGGACUGAUUUGCGGAAGGGUGGGUGGAGAGGGGAGAAGGAGCAUUCAAAAGUGCCCAAAGGGCUUAUUGACUCUUUCUAUUGUUAAACAAAUGGUUUCCAUGAAUAGACCCGGGAAGCCAUCUACCAACCUUGGAGUUUAUUCUCCUCACCAGGAAACGCCAGGAAAGAGUGGUCCUGCUGGUGUCUAUUUGUAAUAUAUGAUAUUUUUCAUGCUUCACUAUUUUAUUAAAAAUAAAAGAUGUUCUUUUGUUU